AUGUCUCAAGAUUCACACAACCCAGCGACCUCUCAAAACGACCCAAGUUUAUCGAAUUUCGCUUUCAGUUGUCAACCCCAUACUCCUGCCGAUGGAUCUCAUUUAGUGAAGCCUUUGACGCCGAGCAAGAUUGAUAAGGGAAAAAACCUUUUUAUGCCAGCUGACGUGAAUCACACUGGUGAGAAUCUAGGGAAUCUUGGAUCAGAGAGCCAGCAUCUUCUCUUUGCCGAUAUUGAAAAACUAAUCAACCCUCACUACAAAACAUAUGAGGAGAUGACAAAAUACUCGCGAAAGCGUUCUCAAUCAUGCUUGUCUCAAGAACAAGAAGGAACGCAGCCGAAGCGGUGGUGCGGAUCUUUGAACUCGCCUAGGACGCUCGACUCACCCCAGCAUCAGUCUAAAGAACCAGUGACUGUGAUCAGGCUUCCAACGGACACGAUCGAUUCACAAAGUGAUUUAGAUGACUCUGGACAGCAAAGCAACCCUGAGCAGUACGCAGAUACCGAUAAUUCCGAAUCAACUACUCCACCGUUGAGCCUAUCUAGCACUGUAUUGCUGCCUAGUCGACAUCCAAGAUCCGAAGUGCCUUAUUGUGCAUCAGAAGACCAUAACUCGGCAUUAAUAGAGAUCAUGAAUCAAUACAAUUCACGAAGGUCGCCUCAAUCCUCUGCCAAUGAUCACACGCAGCCUGAACCGACCUCUCGAACCUCAAGCUCCUCCAAAAAUACUCCGUCUCCCCAACUUGGAGCUUCCUACAGGCCUCACUCAACAGCUAUAGCGUCACCCUCUCAACAAUUAACCACUUGCCAGCAGCGCAACAUCUCAACUCCGUGUGUGGAUUCUCAGCAGGUUUUUUCAUCAAAUGUUCCGGUGCAAAGCUCACCCAUACCUGAUGUUAGAAGUGCUCAACCAGAGCCACCGACAUUCCUGCCACCGGACGGAACUUCGCAACCAUCACUUACUUUACCUCAAACUCAACAAUCUUCCAGAACAGCAGCUUUGCCUCAUUACACUUACAACCAACUACCAAACUCUCGACCUACUGUUCCGCCUGAAAUUCCUGAUAAACCUGCUCAGUACAGGCAAUUUCCAUUAUCUAAUGCUUGUCACUGGAGAUCGCAUAAUGAUAUCAACGGUCCUUCUCCUCAGUAUAAUCCGUCUGGCCACAAUGGCGGACUUUUGACCUCACAAAAAGACCGACUUCAACCUUCAACAACUUCAAACUUCGAACAACGUCAAACUUCAAUUUCAAAUCAGCCUCAGAAUCAAGAUUAUCCCACACAGCGUCCAUGGGAUCAACCCGCUCAUAUGUCUAACCUUCCAGCACAACACAGUGGUAUACAACAGUAUCCACAUACUCAGACAUCACCGGCCCACAAUCUUUUCACUCAACACAGCUCGUAUCACGAUAUGGCUCUUCCCACUCAUCAAUAUCAUAUGUCACCUUACAUGCAGCAUCAUUACAAUCCACAGCACACACACCAGCGUGAUAUCCAACAAAAUACGCUUCUCAGCCGUCCCAGCAGCCGCAUGUCCACCGAUCCCACGCACCAACAACUCAUGUCUACCGAUCACACCCACCAACAACAUAUGCUUUUCCGCCGUCCCAGCAGCCGCAUGUCUACCAAUCACACACAUCAACAAAAUAUGAUUGUCAGCCGUCCCAGCAGCCGCAUGUCCACCGAUCCCACGCACCAACAACUCAUGUCUACCGAUCACACCCACCAACAACAUAUGCUUUUCCGCCGUCCCAGCAGCCGCAUGUCUACCGAUCUACCUAGGCCUCCUAUCCCUCCCCAACAGCCCCAACCACCUAGAGAUGCCACACCUCCCCUUUGCCCCUGGACAUCCCAUAAUUUCAGUCUACCCCAGCAGACACAAAUCCACACUCCUCUGUGUCAACUCCCUCAGACACAGCAAUUUUCUGGCUCAAUAUCAAGUCGUCAACACUCACCAAUGUCAAUGUCUUCUUCACAUGUUCAAAAUUUCCAACAUGAACACAAUCAGACACCUGCACAUGCCAUGAAUUCACCUACCUAUAAUAUGGGUGCACCAGACACGCAUUCAAAUGGUCUCGAUGACGACAACGAUUUCGAUAAUUUUGACAAUCCUGAUCUUUCAGAUGAAGGAAGCCGUGAUGGCGUCUUUGAUCUGGCGGAGGACCUUAGGUACAAAACUAAAAACUCUGAACGUCUAGCUCAACAAACGCGUCAACGACACGACGGUGUCCGAUUGGACAAGCUGGCAAGGAAUCGCGCUGAAUGCUCCCAGUACGAACAACUUGCAAUCGCCAUUCAUGAUUAUGUAAAGCUAAUGAUGGGUAUCGAGCGCAAGCGCCGGGGCAGACCCACAUCCACUCAAAGUCUACCUGCACCCCCUUCCGAGAAGGAGUUCAUUACAUGGAUUGAACGUAAAGCCGAGCGCAGAAGGAUUAUUGAAAAUUGUGCAAAGGCUGCAAGUUCUCGCUACCUUCUUCGCCAUCCGCUUGCCAAACGUUCUCAACUGGCCAAAGUCGAAAAACACGCGGUUGAGACACAUCUCGCAACCCUGACGCGUGCACCUUUUGUCGAUGAUCUUGAAAACUCAGAACAAAGAAACCGAAAGGAACGCGGCCUCAGGGAGAGACAACGCCGGAAGGCAUCACAAAAACGAGUAUGUAAACUUCGAGAAAAGACCUUCAAAACUCAUUUCAAAAACGAGGGUGGCACUCGGCCACAUCCUUUCAUCGACAUCAAUGCAUUCUGA